AUGGAUACGUCUAAUGAACAAACUAAAGGGGAUGAUGCUACCCUUAUCGCAUCAAACACUACUGCUGUCGGGCAGGGAAUUAACAACGACCAGUCGACUGUUGUGUCACAGGUCAGUGAACCUUUUGCAGAUGGUGCUGUUGGGCACAUCUGCAAAAAUAUACACGCUGUGGAAAAUAUUGUUUUUCCACAGUAUACUGAUGCUAGCAGCACAGAAACUGAAGGGUCUGAUGCUGCCUCUAUUGACAUUGACGGAGUCAGUCUCUGUUCUCAACAGUCAGGUGCUACUGUUGUCAAUGUUUGUAUGAAAGGGAUCAGUUUACAUGACCAGAAGGGUUUUGUGAAACUGAACUCAAUGCAGAAGAGGAGGUUAAAGGCUUACAUGAGUCAGGGACACUCUAGGGAUGUGGCCCUAGACAUGGUUUCUAAACUUCCAACUCGUGCGCCAGCUAAAAGGGCUUUAUCUGACGACAUGGUCAUGCCAGCUGGUAAGAAACCAAAACAAAACACCUCGAUUCAGGGAUCGAGUAAACCCUCUUUCAGCCAAGUAGCCAGUCAGGCCAAGGGGAUCAAAUUAGGAUUUGUUCCUUUUGAUUUGGCUAAGUGCCCCCUAAACAGGGAACAGACUGCACACCUACAGGAGGCUAUAAUUGAGACUGCCAUAGAGUUGGCGUCUGACGAGGUUAAACCAGAAUUUGAAGGUUGUUUCCCUCGUACGGGAUGGCUCAUGAUGGUGUGCACAAAUAACCAAACGGCUGAAUGGGUCCGUAAAAAUGCGGCAGCUAUUGCAACAAAGGCUAAACUGGGCGCCAAAGUGGUUGAAGAGUCGGAGUUUCCAAAAACACAUCUGGUGCGAGGAUACUUCCCACACAGUUGCGAUUUUGAAAAUACCAAGGUUCUUGCCACAAUUGAGGCCCAGAACAGGAUUAAAGCAAGCACCUGGAAGGUAUUACAGCGGACCGCAGAAGGUUCACUGCUCCACAUCGUCUUUGCUGUCGACGAUGCAUCCUGGAACUCACUGGUCCAGAGUGGAGGUAGAAUUGCAUAUCGCUUCAGCCAUGUCAAGCUACUGCUUAAAACUAACAGUAUGACAAAGGAGGGGCAGCCAGAACAACGGCCUGUGGAACAAAAGGUUCCAAAUAAACUCCAGAUCACAAGGACGGAGAAACAGAAAGUGGAGCACGUGGUCCCACAAUCAACACUUACGUCUAUUGUGAAUCCAAAUGAGGCCCCAACUACUAGUAGAGCCGCCAUUCAAAAAAGGCUUUGGAUGCGGCCACCUGUGGGUGGAGCAUCAACAGCUCCAAAAGAGCGCCAGAAGGAAAAAGGGCCACGAAGAGCUCGACUUCAAAAGGAAGUCGAACGCUCUCUCAAUAAAACUCAACAAAAAUGAGCACCAUAGGGGUGUUACAGGCGAACCUGCACCACGCGAAAGGAGCAUCGGCUACCUUGUGCAGGACCUUCGCCACAAAAGGACUGGCCAUAGCGUUUAUCCAGGAGCCAUGGACAGUCGGUGGGCAUAUAAAAGGCCUUCAACAUCAAUCAAAUUUCAUCCAGAGGGACUUGGUGUCGGCCAUUUUUGAGAUCCCGACGGAGUGCGGAACACGAGAGAUCGUGAUCGCAUCGGCCUACUUUCCAGGCGAUGCAGAUGAAGCACCACCUGAAGCA